AUGCUCAAGUCAUCUUUUCGUCCCAUUUUGGGGAACCUCAGAAGACCAGGGGCAUCCUCUACAGUAUCACGGCUACCUGGUCUGUGCAGCUUUCACAGCACCAACUCCAAAAGGGCCCAAGAAUCAGAGAGUAGCCGCCAAAGUCGCUCAAAGUCAAAAGAUCAGCGCAAGCAACCAAUAUUACUUGCCUCAUCACUGUCUGCAACGGCAAUAACUAUUGGAGGAACAUUGUUGUAUACGAUAGUUAACCAUGACAAGGAGACCAAGGGCACCGAGUCUCAGUACGCCAGCCGUGCUGAGAUGGAACUGGCCGUCAAAGAGAUAAGACAAGCACUUGGAGAAGGUGCCGUGAGUGUAGAGGAUGAGAUUCUGCAUUCUCAUGGUUAUUCAGACUGGUCUACCAUCAACAUCGACCGGCUACCAGUCGCUGUCACGUUCCCCACGUUGACAGAAGAAGUUGCAAGUAUCGCAAAAAUCUGCCACCAGAGACGCGUACCUAUGAUCCCUUAUUCGGGAGGUUCAAGUAUCGAGGGCAACUUCUCAGCCCCAUUUGGCGGCGUGAGUGUUGAUUUCGUUAACAUGAAUCAAAUUUUGGAGAUGCACGGUGAUGACCUCAAUGUUGUGGUUCAGCCAUCUGUCCAAUGGAUGGAAUUGAAUGAGAAGAUCAAGGAUACUGGGCUUUUCUUCCCCAUUGAGCCAGGCCCUUCUGCUCAAAUUGGUGGCAUGAUCGGAACCAAUUGCAGUGGUACCAACGCCGUAAAGUAUGGCACCAUGAAGGAUUGGGUAGUAAAUCUUACUGUCGUCCUGAGCGAUGGCACAAUCCUAAAAACCCGCAAGAGGCCAAGGAAGUCGUCAGCUGGCUACAAUCUCAACUCUCUCUUCGUGGGAUCAGAAGGAACCUUGGGCUUCGUAACGGAGGCCACCCUGAAGCUCGCUCCUAUUCCUGAACAUACCGGAAUCGCAGUGGUCACAUUCCCAACGGUCAAGGCUGCUGCCAGCAUGGCGAUUGAGGUCAUCCGUAAAGUUGUGCCCAUCAGCGCCGUUGAGAUUCUCGAUGAGGUCUUGAUGAGCGUGAUUAACAGGAUGGGUGCGACAUCGCGGGAGUGGAAUGAAGUGCCCACGCUAUUCUUCAAGUUCAGUGGCAGCGAUGCCAUUGUCAAGGAUAGCAUCAAGAAGGUUCAGGGCAUUUCCAAGAGCCACCAGGCUAAGGAUUUCCUAUACGAGAGCGAUCCGCAUAAGCAGAAAACCCUCUGGUCGGCACGAAAAGAAGCACUCUGGAGCAUGAUGGCACUUCGGGAGACCGACGGACACGUGUGGUCUACUGAUGUCGCUGUGCCUCUCUCUCGGGUCUCUGAGCUAAUAGAUAUAUCCAAAAAGGAUCUCGUCGAACUCGGCUUGUUUGGUAGUAUUCUAGGACACAUCGGUGAUGGCAAUUUCCACGAGACCAUUCUGUUUGAGGAUAAGCAGCGCAAAGAGGUUGAAGACUGCGUUCACAAGAUGGUUUCGCGGGCUAUCGAAAUGGAGGGAACAUGCACAGGAGAACAUGGUAUUGGACUUGGAAAGAAGGACUUCCUUCGGGAAGAAAUUGGAGAUGUGCCCAUUCAGGUGAUGAGGGGUGUCAAGACUAGCUUGGAUCCUCUCUGGCUGAUGAACCCUGGUAAAAUCUUUGAUCGUGUGUAA